CCAAAAAAAAGUUCUCGCAUAAGACCAGAGGGAAACGAGCUCAUUAUUUCUCAAACACAAAGUAUAAAGAAAAAACUCAAACAGAGCAAAAAAGUCAUUUUCUUCAUCUCAGUCAGACAAGAAUAAGAUUAAGGACAAGACAAGUGAUAGUUUAUCGUGGCAUCAAAGUCAUGAGUUCAAACUUUCGAGCAUGACUGGUAGGGGAGAUAGUACGCAAUUUGGGAUUAUUACAAGACAACGGUAACUGAGUAGUUCCUGCUUAGGCGAGAUUCUGUAGUUAAUUAGGACAUUCAUGUGGCCGUUAUAUUUUCUAUUCAACAAGAUUCUUAAUACCGAUGAAGAACAAGAAUCAGAUGGAGAUUGUUUAAGUUUCGUGAAUUCUUACCCAUUUGAACAGCGACCAAGCAGUGCAAGAUGCCACGAGGCAGUCUUGCCCCGUUCAUACUUUGUUGAAGUCCCCCACAUAAAUCAGCUAGAUUAUUGGGAUUGUGGCCUUGCUUGUGUUCUGAUGGUUCUGGAAACUCUUGGCAUUACCACCUGCGAUUUUCAGGCAUUGAUGGAACUAUGCCCCACAAAUAGCAUUUGGACCAUUGAUCUCGCAUAUCUAUUGCACAAGUUUAAUGUUAGUUUUUCGUUCUUCACAAUAACAGUUGGAGCAAACCCAAGUUAUUCGUUUGAAACAUUUUACAAGGAGCAAUUACCUAACGAUCUGUUGCGAGUAGAUACGCUAUUUAAAAAAGCACGGGAAGCUGGAAUUAAUAUAGAGUGCAGGUCAAUCGGUGGUAAGGACAUUUCAUACUUGAUUUUGUCAGGGAAGUAUAUUGCAAUUGCAUUAGUGGACCAACGCAAGUUGAGUCAGCCUUGGUCUGAGAAUUUAAGUGUUUCAGGCUUCUUUGGCAGCAACUCCUGCUACACUGGUCACUAUGUUGUGAUUUGCGGCUAUGACACUGAUGCAGACGAGUUUGAGAUUAGAGAUCCUGCAAGUUCCAGAUUACCCCAAUCAGGAUGUCAACCUAAGGAAAUUCAUGACCAGACCAAUAAGUUAACUUUCAGAGUUACAGUGAUACAAGCGAGGAAAAAUGCUCGGAUUUCAUCAAAGUGCCUAGAAGAAGCACGAAAAUGCUUUGGUACUGAUGAAGAUCUUCUUUUGAUAUCUCUGGAGAAGAGUGUGAAACAAAACAGCACUUCACCCCAAGGUCUCCAACUUCCUUCAAAUGUCAAUUUGGAUUUAUGACAUUUUUCUUGGACCUCGGCACUAAAUUUGAGUCAAGUUUUUGCACAUACAAGUUGUUUGUGUAUAGCAUAUAUACUUAUAAUUUAUAAUAGCUUUUACCUUUCAGUUCUGAUCGUUAUCCCCAGCCCUCGGGAUUACAUGUAUUGUUGCUUUAUGAAUAUUUAUUCAAAUAAAAUAUAAUCUGUAUAGUUCCCAGGCAA